GCUUGUUCCAGGUGACUCCAAAACUGAAAAAUCUAUCCAUACAUUACAAUGAAAUCGAUUGGAUCGAAAACCAAGCUUUCUCUAACUUGAACAACUUGAAACAUGUGAACGCAUCUCACAACAAUCUCGACUAUUUCAACAGUGGAUGGUUCGAUUGCUCCACCAACCUGGAAACUCUAGAUUUCCAAAAAAAUAAAAUCCGUAUCAUACUCAGGCGAACUUUUGCAGCUUUCACCAAGCUGAAGGUGAUUAAUUUCGAUUACAACGAGAUCAGCAACAUCGAGCCUGGAGCAUUUGAGGGUCUGGAAAAUCUGCAAUACCUAGGGUUGAGGAACAACAGACUUACAAAUAUCCAAGCUGAAGUGUUCUCGAACAAUCUUAGAAUUGAAUAUUUGGCAAUAGGUG